AAAGAUGUUUUCUCGUCUUAAUUAAAGAAUUACUUAUCUUUCAUUAAUAUUCGGACGGCAAUGAUUACAUCAGGUUAAAACAAUCUCGAUUUCAGUUGACCACGCCCCUUUAUCUCGAUUUACUGAACUUGCCACUAUAAAACACCUUUCUGUAAUAUCACAGCAGGCGACAUGUUGAUUUUUUUCUGUAGGUUCUGUGAAGCCGAUACGGAUCGCUGUCAUUGCUACAAAAAUGUCUUUGUAGUUAUCAGGGUGUAGGUCAUUUAAUUGUAGUCUUACUAACUAAUACGUGCUAAUUUUCGUAUGUUAAACGUUUAAUAAAGAGAAAGAAGAGGAUCUGCUCCACCCAAAUCGAGGGUGUGUAUGAAGUGAUGUUUGACCGAUAUAGAUUUGUAUCAAAAUAAUCUCAAGUUAUUUAUAAAUAUUAUUUUCUUAACUUUUACUUAUGUUCAAAUGUUAAAAGUAACGUCUGGUCUAUAAUUAACCUGUGAAAGUUUAUAAAUAUUACAAUAUUCCAUGGUGGACUUGUGAGAUUAGUCGGGUCAUUAUUUUUGAAGGUUGCCAUUUUUAUGCUGAAUAUAUCCGUGUGUGAUGAUUUUGGGCGUGAUCGCACCACUCGGAGGUGAUUUUUACAUGGCACGCUAGAGAUUCUCGUUUGCCGAGUGACGAGUGUCAGUGAUAUCGAAUACUUCGUACAUUGCAAAAAGUGGUAAGAGAAUCGGCAGUGCGUUAAAGUGUAGUGGUGGUUUCAGGUAGAGAUGCAAAUUGUGGUGUCGUUAAGUUGGAGAUAAUAUCAGUGCGGUUGCGAUUGUGCGAACAGUGAGGGAGGAUGCGGGGUCAGUGAGGAAGCAGCGCGGCACCACGGCUUCCUCAGUGGCGGGUGGCGCGCGGGGAGCCGAGUCUCCUUCGCAGGCCAACCAAGACACCGUGGACAACGCCACACCCACCUGCUGGUGGGCGGCGUGGUCGGCGAUGGGGUGUUUCGGCUCUCCGGGCGGCAAGAGCAGCGAGGGCGAUGACCUCAAGUCUCAGAAGCGGCGCAGCGAUGCCAUCACCCGACAGCUUCAGAAGGAUAAACAGCUGUACCGGGCGACACAUCGUUUGCUGUUGUUGGGCGCUGGCGAGUCGGGCAAGUCUACCAUCGUGAAGCAGAUGCGCAUCCUGCACGUCAACGGCUUCUCCGACAAGGAGCGCCGCGAGAAGAUUGAGGACAUCAAGAAGAAUAUACGAGAUGCUAUCCUUACAAUUACGGGUGCAAUGAGCACAUUGACGCCGCCCAUACCUCUCGAGAAGCCGGAGAAUAAGGCGCGCGUCGACUACAUUCAGGACGUGGCUUCGCAACCCGACUUUGACUACCCGGCGGAGUUCUACGAGCACACGGAGCAGUUGUGGAAGGACCAGGGCGUGCAGCGUACAUACGAGCGCAGCAAUGAGUACCAGCUUAUAGACUGCGCUAAGUAUUUCCUAGACCAGGUGCAUAUAAUAAAGCAGCCGGACUACACGCCUACGGAGCAGGACAUCCUGCGCUGUCGCGUGCUCACAUCGGGCAUAUUUGAGACUCAAUUCGUGGUCGAUAAAGUCAACUUUCAUAUGUUCGACGUGGGCGGGCAGCGGGACGAGCGCCGUAAAUGGAUCCAGUGCUUCAAUGAUGUGACAGCCAUUAUCUUCGUGACGGCCUGCUCCUCCUACAACAUGGUGCUGCGUGAGGAUCCCACACAGAAUCGGCUGCGGGAAUCCCUCGAUCUAUUCAAAAGCAUAUGGAAUAACAGAUGGCUGCGCACGAUAUCAGUGAUCCUGUUCCUGAACAAGCAGGAUCUCCUGGCGGAGAAGGUGCUGGCGGGCAAGUCUCGGCUGGAGGAUUACUUUGCUGAGUUUGCGCGCUAUCAGACACCACCAGAUGCCACUCCCGAUGCCCGCGACCAUCCGGAGGUUGCGCGCGCCAAGUACUUCAUACGCGACGAGUUCCUUCGCAUCAGUACAGCUAGUGGUGAGGGAAAGCACUACUGCUACCCUCACUUCACGUGCGCUGUAGACACGGAGAACAUAAAGCGUGUAUUCAACGACUGUCGCGACAUCAUACAGCGUAUGCAUCUGCGUCAGUACGAGCUGCUCUAACAAUGCAACGCCCUCGCCCUUAAACAACGAGAACGUAAAGAGCAAUGCAAAGGCAUGUACUGCCGGCUCUUGGCCCGGCUGCCUCUCCACCGGAUGACACCAAUGUGGCACAACAAUAUUUACACUCUAUAUUAUUAUUGUAAACGUCGCUACUUUAUGUAGUGUUUAAUUUCAACAAUUUAUCUGUCAAGUGGCGGAAAUUGGAACUAAAUUUACUAGCGACAGUGGCGCCGCCAUUUGCAGAUAAUUUGAUCGAUAUAUGCAAUCUCUUGCGCUAGCUCUAUGACACUCUUGUGUCGUUCGCAUGGUGUUUCCGAACGGUCAUUCGCAACCAUAGACAGACACGGAGUUUUUUUUCUUAUUUGUCUUAUUAAAAUUGUUUAUGGAUUCUGAUUAUUUUGAAUAUGUUGGCUAAUAGUUCAAGUAAGGUCAUAAAAUGUAUAAAAAAAAAUAUAUAUUUGAAUCUAUUUCAUCGCUGUUUUAGUUAUUUGCAGGCAAGUCAGAUAU